GAUGACCAAAGAACGGCUGUGAAUAGCCUUCCCUUCAGUCAUACAAUCGACGGCCGCCAUCAUGUCGCAGUCAUCAACCCGCGAAGCAACUCACGCGGGCAGCUGGUACGAGCGAAGGGCAGAUGUCCUCUCACGCCAGCUCGACGAGUACCUGGACAGGGUACCUGCGGCCACAGACGGGAGGGAUUUGCCUAUUCCAAAAGCCAGAGUCAUCAUCGCACCGCACGCUGGCUACUCGUACUCUGGCCCCUGCGCUGCGUGGGCCUACAAGUCGCUUGACCUCAGAUCUGCGAAGCGCAUUUUCGUUCUGGGCCCCUCACACACCUACUAUCUUAAAGGUAGUGCGCUGACCACCUUCACCGCCUACGAGACCCCCUUUGGGAGCCUGCAUGUCGACCAAGAGACCAUCCAGGCUCUGCACAGCACGGGAAAGUUCUCAUAUAUCCCGCCUCACAGCGACGAGGACGAGCACUCGCUCGAGAUGCAUCUUCCUUACAUAUGGAAGAGGCUGGAACAGACACACGGAGAUGAGAGUGCUGCAUGGCCGAGCAUCGUGCCGAUCCUCAUCGGUGAUAAUAACGCGGCCAAGGAGAAGGAAUUUGGUGCCUUGCUGGCUCCGUACCUCCAAGAUCCCGAGAACGCCUUCGUGGUGUCGUCCGACUUUUGCCACUGGGGCACGCGCUUCAACUACACUAAGUACGUCCCGGGUGCAGACCGGAUGGGCGAGCUCAAGUCCCUGUCCAGGAGGGAUGCGCGCACAGAGACACCCAUCCACGAGGGCAUCAGAAUCCUGGACCAGCUGGCCAUGGACGCGGUGGCCUCUGGAGAGCAUGACAAAUUUGUCAACAACCUAUCCCAGACCCAGAACACUGUCUGCGGUCGACAUCCCAUCGGGGUGACAAUGGCGGCGCUCGAGGUGGCGGCGGGCGGCGCUGUCACCGAGGAGAAGGGCAAGUUUACAUUCCUACGGUAUGAGCGGAGCAGCCUCGUCGAGAGUGUGGGUGAUUCAAGCGUAAGCUACGCUGCGGCAUAUGCUGUUAUCUAAGGCUCGAGUGAACGAGGAAUUCCCGCUCAGUAUGAUGAUUCUGUGAUGGCGUUCUGAGUCGGCACCAAUCGUAGGCAGGGAGUUGAUUGGCUCGUUUCAUGGUUUCGAGAAGGAACAAAGACCUCGUCGUUGUAGACUUGAGCAUACGUGCCAGGUCUGUCUGUUAUGAGUGAGCGCUUUCGGCUGCUAAGCUAGACGUAGACCCCAAUGCAGACGACUCGCAGAACAGGCCCCCCGGUCGGCCUCCAGGGUCCACGGCCGUCUCUCACACCUGAGACGGACGCAUUGACCGACCAGAGACAUCGACACAUUUUACAGAUGAUGGUCUAUGCAACAUCGACGACGUUUUUCUCAUGAGCUGACCGCAUGGAUUCCGUGAACGAGUAUAGACCCUGUCUAUGCAUCUCCGUAUACACAUGAUCACGGGCCAAUCGCACAUUAUAUUGUACUAG